AUGACCAAGAAUUGGAAAGCAAAUGGCGAUGCAUCCCGUGGUCUACGAUUGACGAUGAAGCUCAAGGAAUUUAACAAGUAUGCCAAGGUAGACAGUGAGUUAAACAAAGAAAUAGAACAAUGGAAUGACAUGCUUAGGACUGAUGUUGUAAAAUUGUGUCAUGACAACAAUUUUAACACAGGCUUCUUUGAAGGGAUAGAUAAUAGUGUUGCUGUUGAUGCUUAUGAGUUGAAGGUCCGUCUUGAGCACCUUCUUGAGAGGAUAUCAUUGAUUUCUGAUGCUGCAAGUACAGAACGUCCUUCUCAGAUCACAGAUCACAUGUAUAUUGGUGGUGCUCUAGCUGCUCAGUCGACAUACACACUUCAACACCUUGGCAUCACCCAUGUAUUGUGCUUGUGUGCGAAUGAAAUUGGACAGUCGGAAUCUCAGAAGCCUUGCCUUUUUGACUAUCGAAACUUCUCAAUAAAUGAUGAUGAAAAUGCGGAAAUCACUGAUGUCUUCCAAGAUGCAUGUGAUUUCAUUGAUUUUGUUGAGCACCUACGCGGCAAAGUUCUAGUGCAUUGUUUUGAAGGAAAAAGUCGAAGUGCAACUGUUGUUCUUGCUUACCUAAUGCUUAGAAAAAAUUGUACUCUUCUAGAAGCAUGGAACAUGCUGAAGAAGGUGCACCGACGUGCGCACCCCAAUGACGGAUUUGCCAAAGUCUUGCUGGAUCUUGACAAGAAGCUGCACGGUAAAACCUCCAUGGAGUGGCAGCACAAGAGGCCUGCAAUGAAAGUGUGCCCCAUUUGUGGUAAGAAUGCUGGCCUCAGCAGUAGCUCACUCAAGCUGCACCUACAGAAGGCGCACCGAAAGAUAUCGUCGGGAAGCGUAGACUCGGCAAUGUCCUUGGAGAUACAGAAGGCGAUAGAGGCAUUGAAGACAGGGUGA